UUUCUUCUUCUCACCACAAAGCUCUUCCCUUUUAUGUUUCUUUACCACUCUCGGAUCUUCGCAACAUCUUAAAGAGGUAAAUUCCAAAAAAAACUUGAGCUUUCUCGUUGCUGAUUCCAUCGGAAUCUGGAACUUUUCAUCCUAAUUGAGGAUACCCAUCUCCCAAGUUUCGCAAUUUGUUUGUUUAAAAGAUCCAUCUUUGAGCUGCAGCCCAGAUAGCUUCAAUGGAGGAACAGAGAGAGGAGAGUGAGUUCGUUGGUGAUUCCAUUGAGGAGGAAGAAGAAGCUGGUAAGGGAUUAGGUUUAUCUUCUAAAACUGAAACCCUAGAUGAUGGUGAGGAUACAAACAACACGGUACAGGUUUCGGAUUCAGAUGUAGAAGAUGGCAAUAAGGAUAAUUUGGUUUCUGAUGUGAAAGCUGAUGAAGAUGUUGCACUGACUGUCACGGACCCUGAAAUUGAUGGAGAUGCUGAGGUGAAGAUGAAUGGUGAGACGGUUGCUAAGUCUCAAGUUAAGAGUGGAGGAGAAGGGGAAACUGUAAUCUCUGGUGGGAAUGAGGUAACUGCUAAUGACAACGCAAGUUGUGAAGUUGAGGAUAGUGGUGAUGCUGAACAAAAUGUUCACACUGAAAAGUCCCAGCAAAGUUCAGUAGAUGCAGAGAUGGUUCCUGUUACUGAAAAGAAAGCUGACCAAGAGAAGAAAUCCACAAAGAAUCUCGAAGAGACUGUGGGAUCCGAGACCAAAGAUGCUGAGCAAGUAAAUCCAGGUACUGUUUUGGAAGCUAGCUCUGCUGCUGAAGUAAAUGGUGAAGAAAACAUAACCAAUGAAGAAGAAAAAGGAGAAGCCAUGGAGAUUGAUUAUGCGGCAGAAGAACUGGUUGAAGAUGAUGUUAAAGUAGGUGAAGCUUUAGAUAAUCCAGUAGCUGAAGCUGACGUGAAUAAUUCCAAUGUAGUAAGUGAAAUGGAAAUUGACGAACAAAAAGAUAAUGCUGAUAAGGCCACCGAAACAAUCGUAGCUUCUGAUUUAGCAAACCCAAACAGUCCCCCUGAAGAUGCUGCUCCAGGGAAUAUACAAGACCUUAAAACCGACACCAGGAAUAUCUCUCUGAAAGAGGAUAAGAAAGCUACUGGUAUGGCAGAGGAAGCUGCCACGGUUGCUAUUGAAAAUGGAUCGACUGAAGCACCUGUUGCUUCUGGAGCACAAUCUCCAGUUGCUGCUACAGAAUGUUCAAAAGAGGCCUCUGAUGCAAAUUUGGGAUCUGAAGGAAGUAAAGAUCAUGCAUGCUUGGAUACGAAAACGGCAGAUCAACAAGAUGCAGUGAUAGAGGAAGAGGACAUCAUAACUCAUGAAUCCCAAAGUAUCGAUCCAAACCAAAAGGAAGAUACAGGAAUGGAAGAAGAUCCCAGUAAUUCUGAUUUUGCUGAUGAUGAAGCUGGUUCUGAUGUUAAGACCAAUGGUGUGAAACGAAAGGCUGAUGUCCUGAGUGAAGAUUCACCAGGAGAAGGUACGAAGACUGUCUCCUUGGCAAAGGUGUCUUUUGCAGAAAGGCCCUCCUUUAAGAUUGGUGCAUGCAUAGCCAGAGCUGCUAGUCAGAUGACUGGUUCUUCUUUAGUUUUGAAGGGUAGUAACUGUGAUGAUGAAACUCUCUCUGUUGAGAGUUUUGUGUCCCAGCUUCACUCUGCAGCAACAGACCCUGAUAAAGAGAAUGUUGUAUCUGAAAUUGCUGCUGGUUUUUUCUUAGAUUUCCGAAACUCCUCGGCUUUGCAGCAAGGUCCCCCAGAAAAGGUAGGCAAAAAAAGAGGUAGACCAUCCAAUUCUGAUGUAGCAGGAACUGAAGCAUUCGAGUUUGAGGAAAUGGGCGACACAUACUGGACUGACAGAGUGAUCCAUAAUGGUGGUGAAGAGCAAACACCACCAACCGAGAAAGGAAAUUAUCAAGUUGUGCCAGUUGAGUUGAAACCUGCUCAGGUUCAAAGAACUCGUCGACCAUACAAAAGACGACAGACUCAGAUCCAUAUUCCUCUUUCAGUCUCAGACAAACCGGCAAACUUUGAUGAGAAUGCACCAGCUGAACUUGUAAUGAAGUUUUCUGAAGCGGAUACUAUACCUCCUGAGAAGAGCCUGAGUAAAAUGUUUAGGCAUUUUGGACCAAUAAGGGAGUCGCAAACUGAAGUUGACAAGGAAAAUAACCGGGUUGUGAAGGCGGUAGAAGAAGUUUUAACCACUAUUCAAUCUGAUGAAGUGCUCGGGUUACUCACUGAGACUGUUCAAUCUGAUGAAGGAAGAGAAGAUGAUCGUGUGAAGAAAGUGAAAACAUUUAGCAUUCCAUUGGCUCUGCCAUGGUUAUGGUUUGGCUCAGCGGUUGAGCUGAUUGGUACAGUGCUCGGUUACUCACUUGCCUCACCAGCCAUGUACCAUCGCACUGAAAAUUUGAAACCUUUCUAUCUUGACCAGUUUGCAGUGAAGCAGGCUCGGUAUAGAUCUAUAUAUUUGAAAACGUUGAUAUCCGUUGGAGUUGAUGUUCUGCUCAAGUCUGUUCUUGCAUUGCAAUUGAUUUUCUUGAGGGAAAUGGGUGAUGAAGACAUUGGCUUAAUCAGUUAA